AUGGGCUUACCGGACUUGUCUGAUUUGCAGGAGGGUAUCAGUAGGCGACCUUUGUACAGAAUACGCGUGUUCUCCAGGAACUGCAAGAUUGCCGCGGUGAAUGGUGUGUAUCAAGAGGAGGAAAGUGUUAGCUGCAACACGAAGGCUGCCGAGACUGGCUUGCUAGGUGAGGACUGUCUUUGCCAACGGAUGCAUCAGCUGGUGGUCUUACUGUUCUCUUCUGUGUUCAUUCAUGUCCCUGCAUCUUGCGCACGACCACUGCCAAUUGCCGCCAUUUUUCUGGCUACCCUAGACUGGCUCUCAAAGGGAGCCGAGGAGAAGCGGUGGUGCAGUAUGGCUGAUUCACCGGGCCCGGACCCACAGGAUGAGGGAGAAGAUGUGGACGAUGGCGACUUCCCCUUCUUGAAAGCCGACCAUCCGGCUUACAAGCGGCUCCAAGAAGCCUGGCGAAAGCAGCUGACCGGUCAUAAUGACCGGGUCACCCUCCAGCUGCGAGAAAAGCAGGAGGAGCUUAAAAAGCUUGUGAAGCACCGGGAGGACAUAGGCGUGACUCUGUAUGGUGCCCAGCAACAACUUGCCAAAUUGCAGCUGCAGCUAGAGCAGCUGCAUGACAAGUAUGCUAUGGUUCAGGGGCAGCGCCUGGAGGACGAUGAGAAGCUGAAAAAUGUCACGUCCGACUGGGAAGGCAAGAAGGUCGAGGUGGAGGAGGCCACGCGAAGGCUGGCCAAGUCGCAGGACGAGCUGAACCAGCUGAACAUCACAGUUAGGCAGGUUCAGGAAUACAACGAGCAGAUGAAGGCCGAGAUCCAGGUCACCCGCCGGGCCACCUACAAGGCGGAGGACCACAUCAAGCAGAUCGAGGAGAUGAAGAGCAAGCAGGACCUGCUGAUCGACUCGAUGAACGAGGACAUCAAGCGGCUGACUGAGCGGAAGGCCUUGCUCGAUGCCCAGAUCGCGGCACAACGCCAGGAGACAGAGGCCGCCAUGGCAACACUCCGAGAGGCUAGCCGGGAGAUGGAAGCCAUCGAGUUCGAGAAGAAGCAGCUCAUGAUGCAGUGGAGGUCUUCCUUGGUCGGCAUGCAGCGCAGAGAUGAAGCGCUGCAAAACGUUCAAAAAGCCCUCGAGGAGCAAAGCGAGGCAGAGCUUGCCAUCGAGAACGAGAUUCGGGGCCUGCACUCCUCAAUCCGGACGGAGCAGGAAAGGCACGAGCAGCUUUGUGCCCUUAGAGAUCGGAAUGACAAGGAGAUGCAGUACCUGCAGUCUCAGAUGACGAGUCUCAAGCAAGAGCGAGAAAAGCUUAUGGACCAAUAUUCCACCCUCAACAAGAGCAUGGAUCAGCAUCUCGAAGAGACGCAGAAGCUCAAAGCCGCAAUCACCGAGCAGACUAGAUCCAUGGAAGUGCUCGAGCGGAACAUGCAGAAUGUGUCCCGCGAGAUUACCGCCAUGGUUGGAAAGAUUGAGGAGGAGCAGAGCGAGCAGACCACGUGCGAGCGUGUCACGGCCAACAGCCGGAAGAGGAUGAAGAAGAUUCGAGAAGAGAUAGCUGCCAAAGAGGUCGAGACACAGAACCUCUUGAAUGAGAUCGCACGUGUGACCGUGGAUAGCUUGAACACCAAAGCACACAACCAGAUGUUGAAAGAUCGACACAAGCAGCUCAGUGACGAGUUGGCAGACAGAGAAAAGCUCAUCGAGCAGUAUGAGCAAGAAAUCCGCAAGCGGCAUCACCAGAUUGAAAAGAAGCAGUUGUUCGUCGAUCGCCUCAACAGAGAGUAUGACGAGAAGAGGACAAAGUUGGAGGCAGAGCUUGGAAAUGACGAGGAUGUGGCUGGGCCCCAGGAAGCAAAGCUGAAGCAUAUGAGAAAAGCCAUAAACGAGCUCACAAAAGAGUGUUCAGAAAUGCAGAAGGACUGGAUCCAGAAGCAGACCCAGCUCUUGUCCAUUUCCAGCGAGACGGACAAGCUCAAGGCCACGCUGAAUGAGAACAAGAACAAGAAAAUGGUCUUGGAACAGAAGAAGCUCAGAAUAGAGGGCCAGCUCUCCAGCCACGAGAAGGAGAUCAAAGAGCUCGAGAACAACAUGAAGCAUCUGCGUUUCGACAUGGAUCGCAUGAACAGCGCGCUGGUGAAGAAUGAAGCGCGAUCUGGUGAGAUCUCAAACACGAACCAGAUGAUGGAGACAGAAUUUGUUCAGAAGCUUAAAGAGAUCGAGAACAGGUGUCUGGACAUGGAGCGAGAUGUGGAGAAGCUGAAGCUGGAGAAGGACCAGAUGAACCAGGAUAUCCUGGAAUCUGAGCGUCAGGUCCUUCUUUGGGAGCGCAAAAUUACGCUCGAGAGGGAGAUGCAGGCAGCACUGGAUCCCAACGUUGGCCAGUCGGAUGCUUCGGCCAUGAAGAAGGAGAUCCAUCGCAUGGAGCUGCGACUUGAGCAGUUGAAGCGGCGGCAGGAGCAAACGAUCGUUGAGAUGGAGCGAGCCAUCCACAAGCGUGAUGCCAUUGCCCUCAAGCUCGAGCCGAAGGCGCAGAAAACUAAGAAGGCAGCUUCUGCUGCCAACGUCAAGCGGCAGCUGCAAUCCCUGCGCAACAACUUGAAGUUGUGUACGCAGGCGAACUCGGAUGCCGAGCAGAAGAUCUCGGAGAGGCAGCGCGACCUAGCCGAGCUUCAGCAGACGAUUGAGCAGGCGGCCCAGGAGUACGGCAACUUGGAAAGGGCAGGCGAAGCCCUCCGAGCCGAAGUGCAGGUGGGCCAUGUUGAGAAGCAGCAGAACUUGGCAAGCAUCCUCCAGUUACAGAGGACGGCUAAACGCCUGGACGAGUUAUCAAUGGGAACCGGCCCGCCUCCGCCGGCCAACAUUCAGCAGCAGCACGAUGAGCAAUUGCAGCUCCGUGGGAAGGUCGAGGAAAUCGUGAGGGUGCUUGGUGAAGCCUAUCCUCAGCUCGAAAAUCUGUGGACUGCCUUCCACACGUGGAUGGAAGUCCCAAGCUGA